UGUCAUAAUCAUGCUCCAUGGAGUUCAGUGAGAAGGACAGCGACUAUAGGCUUGAGCUUCAGGCCCAGUGCCUCAGCCAGAUGGAGAGAGAAGCUUCUCCAGGAUUGGAGAUGGAAGCCUCGAUUCCUUCCGCAAAAGAGCGCAAACCUUUCAUCAUACGAAUCAAGAUGGCUAAGGGUGAUCCCAAGAAACCGAAGGGCAAGAUGUCUGCUUACGCCUUCUUCGUGCAGACCUGCCGUGAGGAGCACAAGAAGAAAAACCCGGAGGUCCCUGUCAAUUUUGCAGAGUUUUCCAAGAAGUGCUCAGAGAGGUGGAAGACAAUGUCUGGGAAGGAGAAGUCUAAAUUUGAUGAAAUGGCAAAGGCAGAUAAAGUACGCUACGAUCGGGAAAUGAAGGACUAUGGACCAGCUAAGGGAGGCAAGAAGAAGAAGGACCCCAAUGCCCCCAAACGGCCACCGUCUGGAUUCUUCCUGUUCUGUUCAGAAUUCCGCCCUAAGAUCAAAUCCACGAACCCCGGCAUCUCCAUUGGCGACGUGGCGAAGAAGCUGGGCGAGAUGUGGAAUAACCUAAGCGACAGUGAGAAGCAGCCUUACAACAACAAGGCGGCGAAGCUCAAGGAGAAGUACGAGAAGGAUGUCGCCGACUAUAAGUCGAAAGGGAAGUUUGAUGGCGCCAAGGGUCCUGCCAAGGUUGCCAGGAAAAAGGUGGAAGAGGAAGACGAAGACGAGGAGGAGGAUGAGGAAGAGGAGGAGGAGGAGGAGGAGGAGGAGGAGGAUGAAUAAAAAAAACUGUUUCUCUGUCUCCUUGUGAAUACCUUAGAGUAGGGGCCGUCAUCGACACCUCUCCCAUCUGAGCCGCGUCUGUUGCCCUCAUUAGGUCGAAUCUCACACUCGGAUCAUGAUCAUGUCGUAGUCUCUCAGUGUGCUCUAGGAGUUGUCAGUGGUUUACAUGGAGUGGCCCAGGGGUGUCCGGAGCACCCUGAAACUGUAUCAAAGUUGUACAUAUUUCCCUGCAUUUUUAAACGGAGGCUCUCGUUCUCGCUCUGCGCACUUUGCUGUCGGUGUGACAAGGCAUUGGGAGAUGUUUGCCGCAUUCUCUUUAAUCUGUAAGGUGGUGUGGACUGUAUGGUUACUGGCUAGGAAUCCUGAGUUACCGACUGUACAUAUCUCUAGUUUGUAAAAAGAACAAAACAACCAAGACAAACUCGAUGCUCUUGCUUGGUGGCGAGGCUGUGGGGAAGGUGCCUUUGUGGAGGGGCCGUCGCUCAGGGUGCGCCCUGGGAGGCUGGACCUGCGGCCACUGCAGCGGGCAUCCGCGUAGCUUCAGGUUGUCUUGACUUUGUAUAUAGUGACGUAGCGUUCUGCUGCCGCUCUUAGCUGUGGAAAAGGGGUCAGCUGGCAUGAGAAGUGUUUGGGUUUCUUUAGUUCAGUGCUGUAGUUUUAAACUGUUUUUUAACAAACAGUAGAACUUCGUUGCCGGCGAGGCAAAGAGACUGCAUCAAUGAAAGUUCAAGAACCUGUACUAAAACGAUUUCCAACGUUUUAUUUUUUCUUUGUAUGUUUAGAAUGCUGCAAUGUUUCUGAAGUAAAUAAACAGUAUUACGUUUUCUAAACGGUUCUCUGUUCUAACAGUCUGAGUGUCAAAUGGUAAUUGGCGAUGGGCCUCCCUGGACAUGGGCUGACUCCUCUCGCGUGGCCGGCUUUUUUAGGAUGGAGACGAAGAGGCUGCUGGGAGCUCCUGCGGGGUUUUGUUGAGUGGCAUUGAGAUGAAGACAGCGUGGAAGGUAGGCGCUGAGGUGUCACGACAGGCAGGCUGAGUGGCCUCGGAGGUGUGGGGGGUGCGCGGAGGGCUGGCGCUGGCUCCGGUGGCGGGGGUUUUCUCUCGCCUCCCUGCGCUCACGGCCAAAUGCGUUGCUGGGCAGCAGGUCAGUCCACCAGAGGGUGAUGUGGCAGAACAUUCAGCCUUCAUUUUUCUUCUUGUACCCCCAGUACCCUCCCCCCAACUCUAGUUCCUGUAUUGGAACAUUGUUCAGCAAUGGAGGUCUUGGGGGGGCUGCUUCUGUCCUGGACCCCAAUCUGGCAGCGACCGUGGUGAGGAACAGUGGCCAUUUUUUUUCCCGACUUCUGAGAUCCAAACACCCCAAGGAAGACGCUGGGUCUCCUGUUAGUGGCUCAGUACCUGGUGGCACCUGAGCCGCAGGGCAGGCGGGUGGAAGCAAUGGGCUCUACGCUCUGGCUGCAUUCUCUGGGGAGUAGGCGGGCCCUCCAGGCACCACUGGAGCUCAUUCCCCAGGACUGCAGAUUGUUAAGUGUUCCAGAAACAGCAGGAGGGUGUUGGUGUGUCCAUGGCUGCAGCAUGUUGCGGAUGGAGCAAGGUUUUGUCCAGGUCUGGGUGAGGGGUGUGGCCCCCUUGGCAAACAGUGAGCUCAAGUCCUGUGUAGAGGGCUUGUGUCCGUAGGGUGGAUCUGCUGGCGGGAGCAGGGGUGCUGCUUGGGGCCGCCGGGGUUCCUGGCGUGAGUGCUCUUGUGUUUGACUAGGGAGCACCGGGGCCGUGUGUCUGGAGGUGUCGUGGCCAGCCUCACAGCCAUUCCUUCUCACACCAUGACUGGUUUCUCUUCCAUGUGUAUUUCUAGGUCUGCUCCUUUAAAAACCCGAUCCCGAGGUUUGCCUGGAAGCACUUGUUCUAGGAUGACCCUGCCUGAUUUGGCCUUGGCCUGUCACUCUUCCAGACACCGCGUGGCGUUCUAGAUGAAAGCAAGGCUUAAAGCUGCCUCCUGACCUGUCGUCCCAGGCUAAGAUUUGGGAACGGGGGCUAAGCGUGUUGAAUUUCAGGGCAGAGAAGCUCAACUUGUCACCAGGGAGACUGCGCUAAGCAGGCCCCUCUGGUGGAACUAGAUGUGCCAACCGGAAGGGCAAAGACUAAAAGGGGUGUUUUCUGCUUACCCCCAGAGGAACCAAGCAAGUUGGGAAGCGGUUGAAAGUCUCUGUGACUAAGACAUUUCAUUCUAGAGGGGCGCAUGUGGGAACACUGGGAUUCUCGCCCCACAAGCUUGCUCCUUGCGGUGGGACGAUGCGCCGUAGCUUCUGAGACGCUUCGAGUGGCUUGAGGUUACCACCUAAGAUUUAGGCUUAGCUGGAUUUCUGGGCCCAAGGUAUAUGUUCUUGUAAUGCAAACCUGUUUGUGUGUGUGUGCGUGUGUGUGUGUGUGUGUGUUUUACAUCAAAAGGACAGUACCUACUUUCUCAAAUCACCUCUGUUCCAAUCCCCACCCUCUGUUCUUGAAUGAUGUUUUCUCCUUUGGAAAGAACAAGGCUAUGAUGUAGCAACUAUUGUCUGUGUCUCUUGUGUGUCUGUUCUUGUCACAAAUGUAUUUGGGGACAUUGGAUGCAUUCAUUUUCUGUAAUAAAGUUUCUUAAUCAGUCUUCCCAAAAAGUAAUCAGUGGGCCGUCUGCAAUCUGUUGGAGAUACUGAAUCUCUGUAUUUUCGGUUGAUUAUAAUCAAGGUUUCAGAAGUGCAAGCUUCCCUGUACCCAUAGCUCUGAAUGAAUGGAAAGAU